AUGUGGUCCUCGCGACACUCGGACUGGGCUGACACAUUCCGCGUCAACACCACAGCGCACUACUUCCUUUCUUUUGAACUGCCCGGUGGCGGGCUCGGUCGAAGGGAGAGUCGCGGAGUGGUGGUUAUGACUAGUUCAUGCGCAAGCAUGCACAACGCGACAAAUGUAGACCUGACGAGUUAUGCAACGAGCAAAGCCGCAACUGAUCACUUAGUCAAACUGCUGGCAGCCAAGUUCAGCCGCUUCUAUGUACGAGUCGUGGGAAUCAACCCAGGAUGGAGCUAUGAUAACACAUAUGAAUGGACCCAUUGUUCCAAGCCGCAUGAACCCUGUCGGGGAGGAAGGAAACCUCUUCAGUGCCUUUUCGACAAGGUCCCUGCCAAGAGAGCGGGAACUGUGGACGAUAUUGCGGGGACUAUCUUAUAUAUCGUCAGCCGUGCAGGAGCGUAUGUGGAUGGAACAUCACUUUGUGUUGACGGGGGCCGUAUUCUGCUUGCCAAUGGUCAAGAGUAA